UCGGCUGCACGACAAGACUAUGGCUUCUCUCCGAAGCGUAUCCCUUCUAUAAAUACUCACUACCUCAAGACUUCACUCACACUUCGCAUACACUCCUCCACAACAAUGAACCCGUUCGUAGAUUCCAAUAUUUUUGUUCGCAUGGCGCAAGACAUGGAAGAUGAAGACCAUGACCUCGAGGUUGCGACGUACCAACAUCGUAGGCGUCGUGCACUUAACGAGCGACGGUAUGCUGGUUCCAUUCCCGGUCGUGUUCGAAUCCAUCGUGACCAUAUCAGCGGUGAUGCAAGAAUCCGAGCCGACUACUUUUGCGCGCAACCGGUGUACACGGAUGCACAAUUUCGGAGGAGGUUUCGCAUGCGUCGCCAUGUGUUUGAGCGUCUCGUUCUUGCUGUGCAACAAGUGGAUCCGUACUUCGUUCAACGUCCAAACUGUGCCGGUGAGCUAGGCCUAUCUGCCCUUCAGAAAGUUGUUGCUGCCGUACGUAUCCUUGCAUACGGUGUUCCUGCGGAUGCCGUUGACGAGUACGUACGAAUUGGAGAAUCUACAGCACAUGAGGCUUUGAAACACUUUUGCACUGCCAUACAAACUGCUUUUGGGGGGUACUAUCUUAGGAAACCUACUCCUGCUGAUAUCGCUAGGCUUCUCCAUGUUGGAGAAUCACGCGGCUUUCCUGGUAUGCUUGGUAGUGUCGAUUGCAUGCAUUGGGAGUGGCGUAACUGCCCAACUGCAUGGAAGGGGAUGUUUACCGGUCGUGGUAAACACCCUACAAUGAUCCUCGAAGCUGUUGCCUCAUAUGACUUAUGGAUUUGGCAUGCAUACUUCGGCAUGCCAGGUAGCUGUAACGACAUCAAUGUUCUUCAGCGUUCUAACUUGUUCGAUUCGCAUCUUCAUGGUGAUAGUCCACCAGUGAGUUUCUCCGUCAAUGGACACACCUACAACAUGGGAUAUUACCUAGCAGAUGGUAUUUAUCCGGACUGGCCAGCGUUUGUGAAGACAAUCCGUCAUCCGUAUGAUGUGAGGACCCAACAUUUUGCCACUGUUCAAGAGUCUGCUAGAAAAGACAUUGAACGAACAUUUGGAGUACUACAGAAGCGAUGGGCCAUAGUUCCGUUAUUUGGACCGACAUAAACUGCUAUGUCGUGAAGCUAUGGUAAUCCGAAGGUAGUAUGUGUUAAGUAACAAGUUUGUCAUGUCGUCUGUUCCGUUAUUCCGAAGCUACUAUGUGUUAAGUACGAUGCAGUUUAUGUUUGUACUAUGUUUGUAGUAAUCCGAAGCUGGCGAAUGUGUAAUGCUAUAAUUCAGGAAUGAUAUAAGAAGUCCACUAUUAUUAAGCAACAUGAUUCAGUUCUAAUAUGACAGAACAUAAAUUGGUCAAGUUCAGAAACAUUAAAUAGUUCUCGAAAACAAAUAAGAGUACUUCCUCAACGAGUUUAAUGAACAUUCACUUGCUUGACGACGAGCUUCCAGUUACCCUAGCCAGAAUCUCCUGUUGUUUUGCCUCGUAGUACUGGCGAAGAAGGGGGUUACAUUUUGUCAAAUCCAUGCUCAAUAUGAGAACCUCCUGUUCCGUGUCCUCCUUCACCUUUUGUCGUUCCAUCUUC